AUGAAGACCUCUGCUCUUGUUGCUGCCCUUCUCUCGGCGUGCGCGACUGUGUCCGCCGCCCCUGUGCCGACUCCUCCCGGCAUCCCCUCUGGCUCAACUGCCAAGUCGCAGCUUGCUGCCUUGACCGUCAAGACUGCUGUCGACGACGGCACCUACGACCGUGACCUUUUCCCCCACUGGAUCGAGCAGGGCAGCGGCUGCAACACGCGCGAGACCGUCCUCAAGCGUGACGGCACAAACGUUGUCGUCAACUCGAGCUGUGCUCCCACGUCCGGAUCAUGGAAGAGCCCAUACGACGGCGCCACCUGGACCGCCGCUUCUGAUAUCGACAUUGACCACAUGGUGCCCCUGAAGAACGCCUGGAUCUCUGGUGCCAGUGCCUGGACCACUGCCAAGCGUCAGCAGUUCGCCAACGACCUGACCCGCCCCCAGCUCUGGGCCGUCACCGACAACGUCAACCAGGCCAAGAGCGACAAGAGCCCCGACGUGUGGAAGCCCUCGCUCACCAGCUUCCACUGCACCUACGCCAGCAGCUGGGUCGCCGUCAAGUCGUACUGGGCCCUGUCCAUCACCAGCGCCGAGAAGUCUGCGCUCACCACCAUGCUCAACACCUGCUAA